AUGGCGGUUCUUUUGACUACGCGGUUUCGCAGCCUUGGCAGCCGGAGCGAGCUUCCCGGCCCUGGGCGGAGCGGGUCGAGUUUCGUAAGCCGUACAAGUGGCUUCUGCCGGAAAAGGAGGACAGCUGGUUCGGAAGGGGCGGGGCGGGGGCUACCUUGGUCUCCGCCCCCGAGGAUCAGGUGGGGGCGGGGCUUCGGGCCGGGGGCGGGGCCGGCGCGCGAGCGAAUGGCGGUUCUUUUGACUCCGCGGUUUCGCAGCCUCGGCAGCCGGAGCGAGCUUCCCGGCCCAGGGCGGAGCGGGUCGAGUUUCGUAAGCCGUACAAGUGGCUUCUGCCGGAAAAGGAGGACAGGAUGUUCUGCUUUUCAAGCUACUCAGCUAUGGGAUGGUAUUAUUCACUCCCUUCAGACUCAAGUGGAAGUAAAAAGGAGGCGGCAUCAUUUAUGAACAUACAAAGACUGUUUUACUGGUUCUGAUGAUGUUGAUGUAGUAUUAAGUCAUCUUAUGCAAAAUAUGUGCCUAAGUAGUAAUGAUCUCUCUCGUCUUAAAGGAGUUCAUCUUUGCCAAGUUCUAAUGAACCAUAAGGUAUUUCAACUAGUAGGAGUGAAGCUAUUCAAAAAUGAGAAAGAAUUGGAAUUUGAAGAUUCAAAAAAUAGACUCUAUAGGUUUCUAGGCACUAAAUCAUCUUAUUUUUUUUGCGAGAGAAAAAAGGAUGCUGAGAAUGGAUUGACAGAUAAAAUAAAUGCAAAGGAAUCUUUAAAACCAGAAGAUGAAAUAAUUUCAAAUCCUCUAGCAGAAAUUGAUGAGAAAAGAAUUAAGGAACUUAUUCAUGCAAAGAGUGGGAAUCUGGCUUUACCUCCAAAUAUCACAGUUGACAAACCUGUUCUCCCGCUUUCAAAAGAAGUGAAGACAAUGGGCGGCUUCCUGCAAAGGGGUGUAAAGCAAGCAUGUCAAGAGAUUGACAACUGGCUUAAUGCAGCAAUUGAAUGCGUGGAGUAUUUCCCUGACCAGUUCGUCAUUUCAGUUAGUCAGCAGUUCGUGCAAAACAGAAAUGAAGAGACAAGACUGAAUAAACAGAAGAAGAUACUCUUUGAUGUCAUAGGAAAAUAUUAUAAUCAAGAGAGAUAUUGCCUGUUAACUGAUGAGUAUUUUGAUAUUCGUUCAGGAAUUAUUGAACUUUUAGAAAAUGAGAAAAGAACAGAAGCACUGGAGGCAACACAACUCUAUCUAAGAUUGUUAUUGCCCAGCAUUAGAGAAGAAUUAGGACGGCUACUUACUUUUAUGGCUAUCGCAUCAGAGCCUAAUGCCUGCAAGUUACAAAAACAGUAUGAUGACAAAACGGUUGUCCUGAAAACUCUUGCCAAAGCAGUUUUUCAAACCAAAUCAUUAUCAAAAGUCCAGGCAGAACAACUCAUCUGGUUUCUACUGGAAUAUCACUCUGAGCUCUUCAAGACACCAGUUACUUUAUUGGACCUGGUUAGUAAGAAACUGAAGAAGCUUUUGCAUGGAAAAGAUCCAGAUGCCGUAUCAGGCUUCACAUUUUGCCAACGCCUGACAUACAAGGAAUUUGAAAAACACAAGGAAAGGACAACUCAGUUUCUUCACCAGUUGGCUCUUGAGAUUACUAGUAACCCCCGCAUCUCUUUGAAACAAAGAUAGAAAUUUAGGAGUUUCAAAAACAUCAUCUGGAAGCUUUGCAUUAACAUUUCUGUGGCAGAAAAGUACAAUUUGUAAAUGUAAACAAAUCUCGGGGAUUUCCUCAAACUACCACACUGACACCUCAGGGACAGACUAGCCUCCAAGCACUGUAAAUGUAAUCGUGCUUAAAAUGUCAAGGAAGGUGGUCAAAAGGUACAAACUUCCAGUUAUAAAGUAAAUGAGUCCUGGGAUGUAAUGUACAGCAUUGCGACUAUAAUUAAUAAUACUUAAUUAUAUAGUUGAAAGUUGCAAAGAGAAAUCUUUUUUAAAAAUGUUAGAGAAGUUUUUAAUUUUAAAAGGGAAUAUAAAUUAAGUUCAUGUAUGCUGAUGUACUUAAUUAUCAUGCUGCUGAAGUCAUGUGUUAAAUGUGCUACUAGGGAUCUGGUACAUAUACUAUCUUUAGGUUGGUUUUCCCACAGAAAAGGAACAUUUCAUACCUGAUUUUCUAACUUUGAUUUUCUAACUCAAAGAAAUAAAUGUUGAGACAAAACUCUUCUCACAUAUAAUAUACAUAAUAUUCAAGAUUGAAAAACAUGCACUUUCCUUAGCAUAUAUAACUUUUAAGCUAUCCCCUUGGGCUGCUAUUACUUAAACACUGAAUCAUCUAAAAAGUGUAAGACUAAGAAAGAAGAUUUUAAAAGCCAUAAAUUUAAAAUUUGUGAAUAUCUAAAACCAUGAUUUUGCAUUGUCUACUUCUUCUUUAGUCUAUAGAAU